AUGGACUGGUCUCACACCGCAAAGUGGUCGCAGGCAGCCGAUUCAACAGAAGAAGGCACACGGGAGGCGAGAAGCGUCGGGGAGCCUCGGCUCCCCUGCGGUGAGGAGAAUAAAUGA